UAACUCCAAUGCACGACAAGGGCUACUCUUGGGUAGCACUAUUGAAAAUAAGCCAAAUUAUUCCUGCGCUAUAUAGCAGUUAUAUAGCAUACCUGUUUAUUGUCGUUUUGACUCCAAUGGGCGCCAGAGCAGGAAGUGCGUCUAACAGGGACUUGUACAUCGCAGUAUUGGCAGCCGUAGGAACGGUUCUCUCUUUUGGAUUCUUGACACCACUGAUCAACACUUUCCGUCGACCAAGUUUAGUAGUAUAUGCUUUAAUAGCAACUACAGCUCUUUCUGUGUUCUUAGCCAGUAGUACACAAUUAGGAUUCCCAUAUCGUCCACGGACAAGUGGCCAACGAGUUGCAUACUUGCACGUGCGCAAUAAGUUCUAUGAGUAUGAUGGAGCUCUCAGCAAGGAUGAGUCUGGUUACCUCUUUUUGUAUCAGGAUCGGCGUAAGGAAACAGUUCUUGAGGGUACAAAUGUAAACUUAACUGGUUUAGUCAGUUUAACGUCAAGAUGUGAAAAAUACAUGAUGUGUGGAAUGCCGUUGUAUGAUUACCGCUAUGUGCAGCAGAGAUUGGAAAGCAAAUGGAUGCCGCGGUCAAAACCAAUAACACCACCAGGCACGACCAAAUUGGAAUUACUUAGUAAAACUACAAUCAACUCUACAACUUGUCGUUUUGAGUAUAAUUUGACGGGACCUCCUCAAAUGAGUCUAUUUUUCGGAGCUUUUGAAGAUGCUACAAUAACAAAUUGGUCAUUUUUGGAAAGUUAUUUGAAUAACCCUCCAGCACACCCAUUAGCAUAUCACAUAUUCUUUAACUACGGAAUUGACAGUUCACCACUAAACUUCUUCCUAGAAAUUUCGAAACUUAAUGGAAACUUUGACGUACCAGUACUUCAACUUGGAGUUUCAGGACAUUAUAUAGGGGAUGUCGUUGAUGAGGAAACUGCAGACUUUCGAUCUAAGUUCCCCGCCUUUGCCAUUCAAGCUGACUGGCCAGCAUCAUAUGAAAGAUAUAAAUUUUAAACUUUCAAAAGAAAAAAAAACGCCUCUAAAAGACAAAUGUUAAAUGUAAUGCUUUAAAUCACCAAAAUAAACACAGUUUUAAAUAUUUAUUGGUACUUUCCCUCGUAUUCAUUAGUGGUAUAUUGAUAUAUAAACCAAACACAGCUGUUCAUUGGUGCAAGCACAACCACGGAAUACCAACAGUGUGGCCAUCUAGUUUUGAGCAUGUCAAAUUUGAUAAUAUUUCAUUUGAUUCAUUAAACAAUUACAUUUUGCCGAAAUUUAAAAGAACCAUUCGAAUGCUAAGAAGUAAUUGUUUUAAAAUGUAGAAAACAAAAAAAUCAUGUUUGAAUUAUACAAAUUAUCGAUUCACUUAUUUUUUGGUAUAUUUUGGAUUUCGAA